GGCGUCACUCUGACUGAUCUGCACACAGGUGAGAGGAGCGCAUAUAAGUGAUGAGAUGUGAGCUGGAGCCACUUCCACCUGCAGCCGUCAGCGUCACUGUCCAGGACUGAAAAAAUGAGUCACAACCUGCAAGAAGCGAUGACCUGCCUCAUCGGAGUGUUCCACUCGUACUCCGGACGAGAAGGCGACAAGUACAAGCUGAAUAACAAAGAACUGAAGACCCUGUUCCAGGAUCAACUCUCAGAAUUACUGGCUGACAGCAAGGACCCCAUGGUGGUGGACAAGAUUAUGAAGGAACUGGAUGCAAACCAGGACGGUGAAGUGGACUUCCAGGAGUUUGUGGUUCUGGUCGCUGCUCUGACCGUCGCCUGCAACGACUUCUUUGUCGACUACCAGAGGAGCGGCAACAGAGGGAAGCAGCAGUCCUGCCCCAAGAGAAACUGAUUUCAUUUCAAAUAAAAUCAAUAAACUUGUCUUCACACAGUUCAAAAGCUAUAACAAUGUUUUCACAGAACCUUGUUAAAGAUUCAUCACUGUUAAUUGACAUUUUUCAUUUUCCCUUAAAACAUAUUCUGACAUAAUAAAGGAUUUCAUCCUGUCGUCA